AUGCGCGACGACUUUUACUCGGGCUUUCUACUCCGCGGCCAUGCACCGCGCGCCAAGUCGACCAAGGAUAUCAACGCGCAGUACAACGACCCGUCGCUCCUCGAGAUGCUCGGCGUCAAGUUUGCGGCGCCAUCGGCCCCCGAACUGCACUUGGCGCCGAUGCGGCUCUUCUUUGUGCUAACGCCAUCUCGGAUGGACUACUACCUCGUGGACCCGCGCCCCAAGUUUAAACUCCCGAUCAGCGGGUCGUUUGCAUUCAACCGGUCAACCGAGGUCGCACUGUGCAGCGAAAUGUGGCCUGGCCUGCCGCCCCACACGUUUUGCAUCACGACCGACGGGCAGAGCUUGGUGCUCACGGCCAAGAGCCACGCCGACAUGAGCGCUUGGCUCACGCAUCUUCAGGCGACGCUCGCGCAGUUUCCGUUUGUGCUGCGCAGCAUUUUGCUGAAAAAGUCGGACAAGUACCCGUGGAAGCCGUGGACGAAGCGCCACGUGGAGCUCGGCGAGACGUGUGUAAGCUACGCCACCGCAGCGCCGGGCGCGAAAUUCGUGCGCAAUCACGUUCGCCUGACUGCGCACGCGUACUUGCAGGACCUCCCGCCGACCAAAGUGCACGCCUUUGUCUUUGGGAUCGCGACGGCCCACACGACGCUGACGUUCGCUGCCGAGACCGACGAAGAGAAGCAGCAGUGGAUGACCGAGCUCGAAGUGCGCAUCUUGCGCCACAAGGUUCUCCAGCACCGGCACCUAAAGGCAUCCGAGUUUGCCGGCUACGUGGACGUGCGCAGCGCCGCGACCAAACACUGGCGUCGACUCUACUGUACGCUGCAGAACGGCGUCGUCAUCCUCAAGGCGAAUGAGAAACGUAUGGGCGCCAAGAGCAAGAUCUACCUCGAGAUGAUCCUCAAGGUCCUGCCGUCGACACCGACGGCCCGCGCUCAUGCUUUUACGAUCCAGCGAUUUGGUGCGCCCGACGUGUACGUCGCAGCAUUCAGCGCGACCGAGAAGGACACGUGGCUUCGGCGCUUGGCAACGGCGCGGUCCGACGCCAAAGACGCGCCGUCUUUGGCGUUUGAGCGCGACAUACACGCGCUGCUGCAGACAACGGGGUACGUGCACGUGACGGUGCACGCCCACGAGCGCCUCGAGCUCCUGCUCGAGCAGUGGCACGAGCGCAUCGUCACCUGCAACACCUUGGACCACGUGCCCCGGGGCAGUGUCCUCGUGCGGCUCAAGGACGAGAGCGGCAAGCACCAAGCGUUCGAUGUCAUGUGGCAUGCGCUGCGCACCAAGUCCCGGCCUGUGAAGCUCACGUUCCGCGUGCCGAUUUGCAAAGACGGUAUUUUGCGCGUCCAUACAUCGACGCCCGUCUCGCAAUGGGUGCCCCGGCGCUGCCGCGUCGCCGACGGCAACUGGACUGUCGACGCGCUCGCGCCAGCCGACGCUUCGUCGUUACCGCUGAUCGCGUGGCCGCUCCGCGCAUGUUCCGUCAACUUGGUUCACGACUACAAUGCUCAUUUCGAGGACGACGUGCCCAACUGCUUUUACAUCGAGUACACGCCCUUGCCACCGACUCGUGCGCUCGUCGCGGGGGCGCCGACGGCGCUGCCGUCAACGACGCUGCUCGUGAGCGCCGCGUCCGCCGCCGACUGUGUGCUCUGGCUCGCGAUUCUGCGCUUGGAGAUCGGCAUUGCGCGCGGUGACCCGACGCUAACACCGUCGGCUCCGACGCGCACGGAGCGCCGGCGACAGUCGCUGCUUGACCAGACCAAGAAGGUCGCCGAGCUGCUCUAUGGCGUGGACCACCGACCCAAGGUGCCCGAGCGGGCAUCGACCGAGUCGCUCCCACCACCAGCGCCAACUGAGCCCGAGGUUGACACGAGCGGGCGCGGCAAAGCUGGCUCGGACAAUGAGGACGACGACGACGACGAUGACGACGAUGGUCCCAGCCUCGGGGAGAAGGUCGCGCGCGCCUUGGUCACCGUGCCUCUCCAGUACAUGGCUGAAACCAAAGAGAAGAUGACGGAGCUUCUGGCGACAAGGCUGGCUGCCAAGAAGGCCCAGCUCUUGGCAACGCAAGAGGUCCAGGACCUCGUCGCGUUUUCGCACAAGGUGCAAGUUCGCGUCGCGCCGCUCGCCAAGUCGGUGCGGCAGCAGUCCCGCCGCGUCUCGCGCUCGUGUGUGCGUCAACUGGUGGAGCUCAAGGACGCGAUGCGCGUGCCAGACCCGACGACCAACCCGCGCUUUGAUGGGACGAAGCGGUACCUUCAAGCCUCGGUGCGGGGCACGUCGGCAAAGCACAUUGAAGCGUCGACACGCAAGAAGACGGACCGCUUCGAAGCGGCCCAAGUGGUCAUUCAACAGUUUCUCCAACAGACAACCUGCGGCGAGCCCACGACGCCAGGAACCAACGCCGUGAGUGAGAGCGCGCCGCUUGCGAUGGAGACAGCGCGUCGGUUCUUUGACCAAGUCGCGAGCCAGCACGGCAAGGAUAAAGCGCCGUACUUGCAGCUCUUGGACCUCCUCCGACUGCUCUGUGGUCGCGCCUCGACGCCGACAAGCGCUGUCGACUCGUUUGAAGCCGAGAUCGACCGGCUCGAGAGCGUGCACGAGAUCACGUACUCGCUCCCAAAGCUCCGGUUCCUGCAGAUCGCGACCGAGACCAUCCGAGACCCCGAGCUCAUCGACACCAUCGAGUGGUACGCCCGAGGUCACAUGCUCUACAUGUAA